AUGCUUGCAAAUAUCUUUUUCGCAGAAGUUUCAUGCAAUUAUACUUCAGAAUUAAGAAAUAAAUACCCUUCUAAGAAUAAUAUUUUAAUUGAGACUAAACUUCACGCUGUAUCCAUUAUGUUACACUUUGUGCCAACAAUUUCAAUCAUGUUUUAGUUUGAGCUUUACUUCAUCCCAAUUUAAAGCUGGUUAGAGAAUCAAGAUUAUGGAAAAGAUAAGACAGGCGGGCUUCCAAUUUGGACACCAAUUGCGAUAAAAGUUAUUGUACUCUUAAUGACGCAGUAAAAAAAUAUUGUCCACAAUGGCUUUAGAUAGUAUUAUUCAUACCAAUACUUUUAAAGCACUUAGUAUAAGGAUAUAUCACUCUUCAUAUUGCACAUGAAUAGCUUUGCAUUCUAGUAGACUUAUCUAGGUGUGAACCUAGUCUGA